AUGUAUUUUGUGUGGAGAUGGGAUGUUGAUGUCGGACAUACGGAGGGAUCGGAAUCGUCGCCUCUCGACACUCCACCUCAGGAGGAGGAGCAGAGGGAGAAGCCAGCUGAGGAGGAGGAGGAGCAGAGGGAGAAGCCAGAUGAGGAGGAGGAGGAGCAGAGGGAGAAGCCAGAUGAGGAGGAGGAGGAGCAGAGGGAGAAGCCAGAUGAGGAGGAGGAGGAGCAGAGGAAGAGGCCAGCUGAGGAGGAGGAGGAACAGAGGAAAAGGCCAGCUGAGGAGGAGGAGGAGCAGAGGGAGAGGCCAGCUGAGGAGGAGGAGCAAAGGGAGAAGGCAGCUGAGGUGGAGGAGGAGAAGAGGAAGAAACCAGUUGAGGAGGAGAGGGAGAGGCCAGCUGAGGAGGAGGAGGAGCAGAGGAAGAGGCCAGCUGAGGAGGAGGAGGAGCAGAGGAAGAGGCCAGCUGAGGAGGAGGAGAGGGAGAAGACAGCUGAGGAGGAGAAGAGGGAGAAGACAUCUGAGGAGGAAGAGUUGGAGAGGGAGAAACCAACUGAUGAGAAGAAGCAGAGAGAGAAGGCAGCUGAUGAGGAGGAGCAGAGGGAGAACCCAGCUGAUGAGGAGGAGCAGAGGGAGAACCCAGCUGAUGAGAAGGAGCAGAGGGAGAAGCCAGCCGAUGAGGAGGAGCAGAGGGAGAAGCCAGCUGAUGAGGAGGAGCAGAGGGAGAACCCAGCUGAUGAGGAGGAGCAGAGGGAGAAGCCAGCUGAUGAGGAGGAGCAGAGGGAGAAGCCAGCUGAUGAGGAGGAGCAGAGGGAGAAGCCAGCUGAUGAGGAGGAGCAGAGGGAGAAGCCAGCUGAUGAGGAGGAGCAGAGGGAGAAGCCAGCUGAUGAGGAGGAGCAGAGGGAGAACCCAGCUGAUGAGGAGGGGCAGAGGGAGAAGCCAGCUGAUGAGGAGGAGCAGAGGGAGAACCCAGCUGAUGAGGAGGAGCAGAGGGAGAAGCCAGCUGAUGAGGAGGAGCAGAGGGAGAAGCCAGCUGAUGAGGAGGAGCAGACGGAGAACCCAGCUGAUGAGGAGGGGCAGAGGGAGAAGCCAGCUGAGGAGGAGGAGCGGCGGCUGGACUUAACCCUAGAAGACCUGAUGCAAAUGAACAAGAUUAUUUCCAUCAAAUUCACAUAA